AUGCCGCGACAACUGCCGUGGAAAGUUGACCCAACCCAAAGAAAGUCCAGCGGGAGAAGCGUUGGCGUGAGGGGUGCGACAGGUCAAUCGUCAUCUACCUCUGCUCUCACCCGAGAACCUAGCGCAUCCUCAUCUUUGGUUCGCGCCGCGCAACCAUCCAGUAAGGCGAAGUUGAAGUCGAGUACGACGGGCGCAGAUGGGCUUGGUAUUGUACCUAGCAAAACAGCACGGGGCUCAGACACAAACCGUCGUCCCCCUCGAUCCCCCUCCCCGUCGACUUCGCCGCCACCCCAGCCUUUGAGAGAGGAGUGUAUGAUCGAAGGCCCCCGCUACGAUGAUAGGUAUCGCAUGGUGGAGGACGAGUUUCUCGCAGUGGCCGGCGAGUUCACCCGGCAUUUGCACGCCGCCGAGUACCAGCGUCUGAAGAAUCUUGCCAGCUCCAAGAAUGCCGAGACGAUUGAUGACAUCUCACGCCCUGUCACUGGCGCACCGACAGAUGCCGUGAGACGAAGGCAUGCUAAACUUGAGACGGCCGCCAAACAACAGAGAGGAUUGACCAAGAUAUUGGGGAAACGGGUUGACCACGACUCGGACUUUGGAGACAAGCCGUGGACAGGCACCUCGCUCCAGGGCCUGAUGGACAGCCCCAGGAAGAAGAAGGUCCCAUUACAUCGCUCGUUGAGUUCCUUGAGCGCUUCGGCCUCUGGAUUCCGAGCUGCAAGACGUUCGAGUCCGUCGCUGGAUCGGGCUAUACAUAUGCAAGGGCGACCAGGCAAGCGAAGGCUACCAAAUGAGGACGAGACCGAUGACAACGGAGAUGACGACUCGGCUUUGGAUGCGCAUACGACAUGGUCCCCAAAGCUCCAUAGGGCUCGAGCCACCGACAUAUCGUCGGUCUCAACGCUGUCUGCCUGGAAUACCACCGAAAGUAGGCCGCCUCAGAUAUCGGCGCAUGCUUCGCGUGCCUUCAGGGAUAAAGGAACGCAGUCAACUAGGUUUUCUCGUCCCAUCGCUCAUUCUCCAAAACAGACCAGCGCGCUCAACAAGUAUCCUAAUUCCAGCGAUGAAUAUGAAGACGAAGACGACGUUGAUUUAUUCUCUCGAAUCCGUUCCCGCAGGGCAGGCCAGCGGCGAAGACCCGGUUCACCGAGUAUAAAAACGGAGAUCAAGACGGAGGAUAGCCAAAGUGCCACCUCAUUGCACGAAAUACCGUUUCUCUGA